AUUCUUUCAAACUUUUUCUUUUUUCUAGUUGCUGUCACCAAAUUUUUAAAUCCCAUUCCUCUUCUUUUUUCUAUGCUCUUUAUCAUAUAAUCAAUACAUAUUUUACUUACUACUUAUUAGUUAACCCUUUUAAUAUUUUUAUAAUACUCCUAAUUAAUCAUGCGACAACGCAGCAAUGAAAACGUAGCUCAACCGUCUUCAUUCACUUGCCAUCCUGUGAUGGUACCUUCACACAGCAUUCUUUCUUCUGACGAAGAGGUGGAUUGCAGUAAUAAACUGACAACGCAGAUCAGCUCACGGAAUACGGCAAAACAUGGAAAAAAACUGGAGUCUUUCUUUGGGGAAGAUGCACCUUUGGAGGAUGUCUGCAUACAACAUAUACAGAAAGAAGGCUUAACGGCCAUGCUGCGUUCUCGCGUACCGCUGGGUUACUAUCUUUAUCAUUUACUAGAAGAGUACUGCAGUGAAAAUUUGUUCUUCUAUCUUGAUGUGGAAGUUUACGAACACACUCAAUAUUCAAGCAGCAGCGAGAAACAUCAAGCAGCAAAACGCAUCUAUGAUACCUAUUUAAAACGCGAUAGUCACAUCGAGGUGAACCUGGACGAUCGAACUCUGAAAGGAAUCAUUUUAGCUCUUCAACAAGGAACUCCGCCUAAAGCCCUUUUUGAAUCUGCAAAGCGACAUGUGUUUGAUUUACUAAAUGUCAUUUAUCACCGAUUUGUCGGCGGUGGCUUAUGGAACUUAAUGAUUUUAAACUGUGGCGAAUAUGUCACACAUUACAGCGACCACGCACGGAUGGAGGCUGUUCAUUUACUGCUUUCCUUUUUCCAGAAACCAUUGAUAAAACGCUUUCAAGAAGACUUGAUCCAACAUAUGGUCAAUGAUUAUUGCUCUUCGACGCUUGGACUUGGUCGAACCCAUGCCAUCCCUCAAGUUUAUUACCACAAUGAACGAUCGAAACCCAAUGCCACAGUUAGACGCAUAAGAAGCAAGAGUAUUAGUAGUAGCUCGAAGAAAACAGCACCCUAUCUCGCUGGACGCCUGCUGUUGCUGAAAAAGGCAGCUAUGAAAUGAUCUACUUUAUGCAAGAUCGUAAAUAUAUUGUACACUCCAAGUUUUUGUCUACUAUCCACGGUACAUCUUGAGCUUCAGAAAACGGCUUGUAUUCCCUGCAGCUGCUGUAACCAUGCAUUGCAAUUCAGAUUAUGUUGACUUGUUAUCUUGAAAUCCGUAAUCAUGCCUCAUGUGUCUCAAACAAUCAAUGAUGCAUUCCUUGGCGGGAUUUGUUGAAGUACUGCGCCGUGGUAAUCAUUGUUCGUUCCCUAUCACACCUACCACAUCAAAUGCGUUGUCUCGGGGAAAUAAGAAGGUCAUCCCACACGACAUCUACUGGUCCCGAUUUGGUGAAAUCUAAAGAAGGCUCAUGUAUCAUCUCCUAUUGGACACAAUCUUGGGCUAUACAUUUUUAUUGGAGAGGUUUGGCAUUAAAUGCCGUUACUUUUAUGGAUUAGGCUUGGCCAAUUUUAGACUGUGACUUUAGAUGAUAUCAUAUGCAUUCUUUUAUUCUAUGCG